UAUUUCUACUGUAGCCUACCUGGGAUCACACUAGAAGCACCAUGGACAUCAACACUGCAUUUUUAAUAAUUGGCUUUGCUGCCUUGAUUGCAGCCUUCCUCCUUCUGGUAAUUGGUCUACUGUAUUCUGAGCUGAUGAAUUCAGACAUUCCUCAAGGGGUUGCAAAUCGAGGGAAACUGCAUGUAGUUCAUGGCUUGUUUGUUGGCAUAGCAAUUGUGGUGAGUAUCUAUCUAUGGAAUUGUUAGUGGUUAUUAUUUGAUGUUUUCUGCUGUCAAAUCACGUUCAAGUCUCUGAAGAAAUAAUUUAUUUAACGUAUUCCUUGGUGAAAAGAGAAACAUGCUCGUACUUGAAUACUAUUAAAAAGAGAACUCAGCUCUUUUAAAAUAUGCUUGUCCUUUCUAUGUACUCUAACACUGAUAAAACUUCAAUGGUGUAGAUAAGAGAACAGGUCUGAAUAAAUGACAAAAAGUCAAAGUCAUUCAGGGGUUUCAUUGUUUGGGUAAGGACACUCAAGCAGAGUUUUCACAGUCCUGUCCUGUCAGGGCCGUAUCCUGGAUCGGCUGGGUCUAUGUCAUCAGGUGGUUCAGAAGACGGUUCCUGGUCAUUCUAUGACCAGUUCCCCCUGGACUACGUGUGACGGACCUCACCUUCUCUGAGGUGCCAGUCAGAGUGUAUGAGCCCACAGCUGUCUCACUGGGCCUGAGGAGGGGCCUGGUAUACUUCCAUGGAGGAGGAUGGGUGUUGGGCAAUUUGGGUAAUAAGAUAAGACAAACAUAAUGUCUAUCUUACAAUAGCGGCCUGCUCAUAUAAAAAAAGAAACGUUUCAUUCUCUGUUUACUCUAGUCUAACACUAAUGUUCUGUUUCUUGUGAUCAGAUACUGCAGAUGAGGUCUGCAGGCACAUUGCCAAGGAGUCUGAAACCACGGUGGUUUCUGUUGGGUAACUUUUAUUUUAUGACUCACUGACUCAAAAUGUGCUUCCAAAGCAGAUCAAUACAGUGAAAAGGGCUGUAAAGUUGUCAAAUCCUUGACAUGUUUCUUCUUUCUCUACCCUCUUUAGAUACCGGCUUGCCGCUGAAUAUCGGUACCCCACUCAGCUGGAUGACUGUGAGGCUACAACGUGUCACUUCCUGUCUGUGGCAGAGGCAGAGUUCGGGGUGGACCCAGGCAGAGGGGUGAUAGUGCUGGGGCAAACCUGGCAGCCGCACUGUGCCAAAGUCUGGCCAAUAGAAAGGAUGGACAUCUGCUGUCUCCCUGUGCCCAGGUCCUCAUCUAUCCAGCUUUGCAGAUGGCAGAUUUCAACCUGCCUUCAUACCAGUAGAAUCAUGCUGUGCCCAUAUUGUUCCGUGGCCGGAUGGCGUUCUACUUCCUGCAGUAUCUCAACGGGGACACGUCAGUGUGCCAGGAUGUGCUGGAGGGGAACCACAUCCCUGCUGAGAUGAGGCUGGCCUUCAAGGAGAGGCUCUCCCAGAACACCUCCCUCCUGAGUGCAGGGUGCGGGGCCACUGCCAGCAUGUACACUCAGACUUAGACUACAACGGAGAGGUGUACCACAUAAUCAAAGACUGUCUGGAUCCGGAGGUGUCCCCGCUCCUGGAAGAUGACGCUGUUAUCCGUCUGACCCCACCGGCCUUUAUCCUGACCUGUGAGUACGACGUGCUGAGGGAUGAUGGAAUCCUGGACCUGGGACUGGAGGUCACCUGGCAUCACGUUCCAGACGGCUUCCAUAGACUCAUGGAAUUUUUCAAAGAAGGCUGGCUAACCUUCCUAUCUGCAACACAGGCUGUAGAUAGUAUU